CUCACACCGACCUCGGCGCACCACAACGCACCAGUGAUCAGUGCGUCGCUUUCGCUCGCUUUGGCAACUCCCCCCUGCUCAGUGCUGGCAAUUGCUGCCUGCGCUCGUAGUCACUCUCACAGUGCCCCCCCGCCCUGCUGCCAGAGAACCAGAAGGAAAGGAGGAUCCCGAGCAGUCAAUUGCCCUGAUCCUCCCCCCCACCCUGGGGUAGUAAGAGAAAGAGCGAGGCUGAAUUGCUGUGAGGCAGGCGAGGGUGGUUGUGUGUGUGUGUGUUGCUGCGCUGCGCAGGCUCAGUGCGGGCGAUGGGGCGAUCGCCGUGCUGCGACAAGGAGGGGCUCAAGAAGGGCCCGUGGACGCCGGAGGAGGACCAGAAGCUGCUCGCCUACAUUGAGCAGCACGGCCACGGCUGCUGGCGCUCGCUGCCCGCCAAAGCCGGGCUGCAGCGGUGCGGCAAGAGCUGCCGCCUCCGGUGGACGAACUACCUCCGGCCGGACAUCAAGCGGGGCAAGUUCAGCCUGCAGGAGGAGCAGACCAUCAUCCAGCUCCACGCUCUGCUCGGCAACAGGUGGUCGGCGAUCGCGACGCACCUCCCGAAACGCACCGACAACGAGAUCAAGAACUACUGGAACACGCACCUCAAGAAGCGGCUGGCCAAGAUGGGCAUCGACCCGGUCACGCACAAGCCGCGCUCCGACGCGCUGGGGACGGGCGGCGGGGGAGGCGCCGCGGGCGCGCAGCACGCCAAGGCCGCGGCGCACCUCAGCCACACGGCGCAGUGGGAGAGCGCCAGGCUCGAGGCCGAGGCGCGCCUGGCGCGCGAGGCCAGGCUGCGCGCGCUCGCGGCCUCCGCCUCGGCGCCGCCGCAGAUGCCCGCCGCCGCCGCGCACCGGCUCGACUCGCCCACGUCCACGUUGAGCUUCUCCGAGAGCGCCGCGCUCGCCUCGGUCCUGCAGGAGGCGCACGGCGCCGCGGCGGCGGCGGCCGCGGCCGCGCGCGCCGCCAUGCAGCCCAUGCAGGCGUACGAGGAGGCGUGCAAGGAGCACGAGCAGCAGCAGUGGGGCGAUCACGUCGUCGAUGUCGCCGACGCAGGCUUCGCCGCGGCGGGGUUCACGGGCCUGCUUCUCGACGGCUCCUUGAGCCAGCAUGAUCUGAGGCCGGCGCCGGCGACGACGACGAGGGACGACGAGGCGGACGCCGGCCUGCACGAGACGGAGGAGGAGAAGAGCUACUGGGACAGCAUAAUGAACCUGGUGAACUCGUCGUCGUUGCCGACGACAUCCGUGGCAGUGCCCGCUCCCGAGCCAGCGUACCCGUCCUCGGCGUCGCUGCACACGUCGGUGGCUAUGCCCGCGCUCGUAGCGUACCCGUCAUCGGCGCCGCUGCAGACACCGGUGGCGAUGCCCACGGUCGAGGCGUACUCGUCAUCGACGUCGCUGCAGCAGACGUCGGUCAUCGCGAUGCCCGCGCCCGAGGCGUACUCGUCGUCGGCCUCGUUCUCGACGUCAGUCGCUGUGCCUGUGCCCGCGCCCGAGGCGUACUCUCCGGCGAUGGAGUUCUGCUGACUCGUGAGCCCUGGACACAUGCAUGUCCGCCGGCAUGUGGCCGUUCAAAUGACACAGUAAAUAGCUAGCUAUUUCGGAACAAUAAGAUCGAACUACUAAUGUUGAUGGUUAAAUCGCGUUCUCGUGUUAAAUCUGACAGCACCCUGAUUAAACAUGCGAGGAAGAAAAUGGUUGUACCGAAUUUAGAGUCUACUACUCGUUCAUCAGUUGCCAAAGCUUCUUGUAGACUGAAGAACAGUGAUCAGAGCGUCUCGUCUUCGCUCUGUAUGUAAUUCGAUAACCAUUUUCAUCAGUAGUAUACUGCAGCAGUGAGGUGGAGCUAAUCGAAAUGGGAAAAAAAUCUUUUUUUUUA